CCUCCACAGAGCCAAUGCCAGAUUUACAUUCUCUACCGGCGGGAUCGCGACCUGAAAAUGCUGUACGUAACAAUGGACCCGAAAAUUUGGUGUUUGAACGUUACAAGCUGAGAGAGCUGGCCGAGGGCUGGCCAGCGUACAGAGACGCCUGUGAGUGGGAGAAUCUGAAGUCGAUCUUUCACCCAGAUGCAUACAUCUACACGACAUGGACGGGAAGAACACAUCAUCUCGACUUUAUCGCAGCGUCGCAGAAGGGCAUGGACAAUGGUGCCUUCAUCAUGCAUCGCUGUCAUGGAGUCGCUAGUGAUAUAAAUCUCGACGCAACCCGUGCUGUGACCAAGAUGAAAGCCACCAUUACCCAGCGAUUCAAUCUCGACGGAUGUGAAGCUGAUGCGGAGAGUGACUGCCGGUUCUGCUUCUUCUGGGUCAAGACUGAAGCUGGUGAAUGGCGGGCCCGAUAUGUGAGACACUGGUAUGAGAAGGACAAACUCAUUCCUGUCAACCCGAACAAGGUGCCAAAGCUGGAUGAGCAGGAAUUGCAAAGAUAUCCCAGUGGCUAUAGAUACUUGGCAUACUGCCAGGAGAAGACAAUGGGUGUCAAGGUGUUAUUGGACAUGCCCGGCCAUAGGCGUGAGAGUGGGGUUUCAGGAGGAAGUCAGGCGUGCGGCGACAAACAUGAUUUGCUGUAUUGGCAAUGUAAGCGAUGGGUGGAGGGCGAAGUCUUCGAGAUAUGAUACACGAGAUAACCCUUUGUCUCAUUCUCAGAUGGAUAUUCGCCAAAGUAGGAAGCUAGGGGGCUUAGUUUUGCUUGCCGUAAUCAAUUUACCGGCUUUAGUGAAGCA